UUCUCCCUUUUCCCUUUAAAUACCAACCCUCUGCCUCUUUGUGUCAAAUCUCACUCUAAAACCCUCGGAUUAUCUCAAAAAUCACAAAUCUUUACCCUCGAAUUUUCCUCGUCAUUAUCUCCAAUGGCUUCAGAUAAGAAGAUUAAGAUCGGGAUUAACGGGUUUGGAAGAAUCGGACGUUUGGUUGCCAGAGUUGCUCUUCAGAGGAACGACGUUGAGCUCGUUGCUGUCAACGAUCCCUUCAUUAGCACUGAUUACAUGACAUACAUGUUCAAAUACGACAGUGUUCACGGUCAAUGGAAGCACCAUGAUGUUAAGGUCAAAGACUCUAAAACCCUUCUCUUCGGCAAAAAACCAGUCACUGUUUUCGGAAUCAGGAAUCCUGAGGAGAUUCCAUGGGCUGAGACCGGAGCUGAGUUCGUUGUUGAGUCAACCGGAGUGUUCACUGACAAGGACAAGGCUGCCGCUCACUUGAAGGGUGGUGCUAAGAAGGUUGUGAUCUCUGCUCCAAGCAAAGAUGCACCCAUGUUUGUAGUUGGUGUGAACGAGCACGACUACAAGCCAGAGCUUGACAUUGUUUCUAAUGCUAGCUGCACUACCAACUGUCUUGCUCCCCUUGCCAAGGUUAUCAAUGACAGAUUUGGAAUUGUUGAGGGUCUCAUGACUACCGUUCACUCCAUCACUGCCACACAGAAAACUGUUGAUGGUCCAUCAAUGAAGGACUGGAGAGGUGGUAGAGCUGCUUCCUUCAACAUCAUUCCUAGCAGCACCGGUGCUGCCAAGGCUGUUGGAAAGGUUCUGCCCGCCCUUAAUGGUAAACUGACUGGAAUGGCCUUCCGAGUUCCUACAGUCGAUGUAUCAGUUGUGGACCUCACUGUUAGGCUUGAGAAGCCUGCAUCUUAUGAAAAGAUCAAAGCAGCCGUUAAGGAGGAGUCUGAGGGCAAGCUCAAGGGCAUUUUGGGUUACAUCGAAGAAGAUGUUGUCUCCACAGACUUCGUUGGUGACAGCAGGUCGAGCAUAUUUGAUGCCAAGGCUGGUAUUGCUCUGAAUGAGAAAUUCGUGAAACUUGUCACCUGGUAUGACAACGAAUGGGGUUACAGUUCUCGUGUAAUUGACUUGAUUGUUCACAUGGCAUCUUGUUGAAGUUAAGCCAAUCCGAUUUGGUGUUCUGGUUUUAAGAUGGCAAGUGUUUGAAAGCUGCUUGGUACUUUGGAAUAAACCUGAGAUUUACCUUCUUGGCUGUUUCCAUUUCUGCGUUUUCACAUAAAAGCAAUCAGUCUUUUCAAUGGUUUUGCUCUUUUUGAUAUCGACCAGUUUAAUACUAUGAAGUAGAUGGUGUGCAUACAUCAAAUGAGAUGCAUUCUCUUAUUGCUUUUGUGUGACUUAUAAUUUCUUUGUUUGGUAUUAUUGAACUCAAAUCAACUCUUGCACACUGCCGGCUUAUGAAGCAUGUGCUAUUAAUAAUAAAAGGCAAAUAGAAAAUGAUAAAUAAUAAUAAAAUAUAAAUUACUAAAAACUUCUCACUAAAUUAGUAAAAUUAAUAAAAGAAUAUGGCUUGAAACCUAAAAUUCAAGCUCAUCCAUUGGCUCAAAUUGCGUGCUUGCACAAUCAAUAAGAAUAUGUCAUGAAAAACUAUAAGAUAUAUUUUCAUAUUAUGGAUGUGAUAAUUAGAAUUAUAUUCUAUUUAGUUUAAGGUCUAUCUAAUGGGGCUUGACUUAAUUGCUUAAAUAGUUGGGCUUGAGUCCAAUCUAACUUCGGCCUCACUAACGGGGUCUAUCAAGUUCCAGCGCCUUUAAGUGCUUAGCCCAUUUGGAUAUUUGGCAGAAAUACCCUCAAAACUAUCAUUGAAAUUCGUACUAACCGUAGAGACGCCAAACUGCCAACAAUACCUGGACGUAGAAAUUGCUUGAUUGCUAUGCUUUGCCAAUCAUGCUCAGCAACAGAGGGCCCUAACUUUUCUUCAGGACAUGGAGAAUUUGAAAUUUUGGUAACCUGAAUUGAGAUAAAGACGUAUUAUCCAUUGCUGAAGUCAUGCUUUAAAACUGGAAGUAUAGAUAGUCUGUUGAGCACACUAUUGAAUGAUAUGGUUAAUAAGCAUUAACUUAGUCUUGAUAUUUCGGCCAAUUCACUAUUGAUUCAUGGACUUUGUAGAUCAAUCAGAAGAGAGUGGGCUUACUAGCACCAAAAUAUUAGACAUGCCGUUUGCUUUUAGAUGAAGCCUAAGAGAAGAAUAUGUAUGAUGCAGCUGAGAAAAUUGAAGGUUUCAUGAAGAAAUUAUACUUGGCCAGGUGAGCAUUCAAUCCCAUUCUCCAUGAAAAGUUCUCUGCUUUUCACUAUCCCCCAAAUAUACGCUUAGAAUUGUCUGUAUUUGGUGAUGAUAAGGCUAUUAUGGCUGAAGCCUCGGUGGUUUUUGUUUAACAUGUGUUAUAUUAACUGAAAAAUAAAGGAAAAGAACAAGAAAAAGGUGAAAUCACAUAUUACAUAUGUAUUCAUUCAAGGUUUAUCAGCUUGAACUUGAUGAUGGACCACACACCCUGCAUCUAUCAUGACCCACAUGGUGUUUAUACGUAUGUCUGAGUGUUUGCACAUGCUCGUACACAACAGAUGUGUUGAUUUCACUGUUGUGAGCAUAAUGAACAGGGCAAGCUUUAGAAGGAGAGCGAUUUUUUUUUUCUUUUUUUUUUCUUCAGUUCAAAUCUGGGUGUUGUUUCUCCAAAAGUUAGGAUGUGACAAUUUUAACAUGUCUCAGCUUGAAGUAUUUAGUUCAUAGUUUAGGUUGGAUACUUUAAAUUAUGUUAUUUUCUUUCUAUGUGCUUGAAAGCUAUGGCUUUAUUUGAAAUGAACAUAUAUCGGUACAUAUUUUUAGUUUUUAUAAUAUUGACUUCAUGAA